CUCACUGGAAAACCCAGUUCAAAUUAUACCCCCGGCCCCAAACACAUCUCUUAAGCUCCUUCAAGGCCUAUAAAACCCCAAGCAAACCCUUCACCUACACUCACAAAAAUGGCUUCCGCUCUCUUUUUCACCGUCACACUUCUUGUCCUGUGCACCCUCUCCACGGCUACGUAUCCAGGGUUUAUCUUGACCCUGGUCAACAACUGCCCCUUCACGGUCUGGCCAGCCAUCCAGCCGAACUCGGGCCACCCCGUCCUCGAGCGCGGCGGCUUCGCGCUCAACACCCUGACCCACCGCUCCUUCCCCGCUCCGACCCAACACUGGUCUGGCAGGGUCUGGGCACGCACCGGGUGUACCUACGCCCAGAACCGGUUCUCCUGCGCCACCGGCGACUGCGGCGGCCGGCUCGAGUGCGGCGGCCUAGGCGGCUCCACCCCCGCCACGCUGGCUCAGUUCAGCCUACACCACGGCCAGAACGACCUUUCCUCCUACGGUGUCAGCCUAGUCGAUGGCUUUAACGUGCCCAUGACUGUGACCCCUCACGAGGGCAAGGGCCACUGCCCCGUUGUUGGCUGUCGCGCCAACCUGCUCGCCACGUGCCCCGACAGGUUGCAGGUCCGGUCUCCGCCCGGUCACGGGCCGGUCGUGGCGUGCAAGAGUGGGUGCGAGGCGUUCGGUACGGACGAGCUGUGCUGUAGGAACCACUACAACAGUCCUCAGACGUGUAGGGCUUCGAGCUUCUCUGAGUUCUUCAAGCACGCGUGCCCUGCCACGUUUACGUAUGCCCAUGAUAGCCCAACUCUUAUGCACGAAUGCUCGUCGCCACGUGAGCUGAAGAUCAUCUUCUGCCACUAGACACCAAGAUCUUCCAUCUAUGCAUGCCCUGCAGCCUGCAUUUUUAGUCUCGUCUUCACGGUUUUUGUUUGAAUCUGGGAAACAAAAAUAAAAAUAAUGAACUUUGGGUUCUUUUUCCUUGUCUUUUUGACACUUUGCUGUGUCUUAUGUUUUUUCUUUUUCUUUUUGUAAGUAGCUGUGUCUACAGUGUCUUAUGUUGUAUUGGAGUGUGAAUGCGUGUAUCAUUUGGAUUUUGGGGUUUGUUUAACGUAUGCUAAUCUAUGUUAAUCGCUUGCUUUACUUAAUCCAAAA